AGUGCUGAUCGCUCAUUAUUUACUCAAUGAUUAAUGAUUGUAGGGCAGGCUAUCCACCUUCCUAAUUCCCGUCUACAAUGUUGAAACCAUUCUAACUGGACGAUACAAAACAGGAGCUGGUAUAAUUUACAGCAUUAUUUUAGACAAUUAUAAAACCAGGUGCCUUAGUGAUGAAGAUCUGGUUUCUCCUUCCUCUCCUGUUUCUGGCAUGUUGUUGCCAUGGCACCUUCUCUUGCCCAGCCCUUUGCAAAUGCUACAUAUCCCCAAGAAAAACAGAGGUGGUCUGUAAUGAAGUCCCCCUCACCCAGUUCCCCUCCUACGGUCUUCCAAGCAACACAACCUCCCUCACCAUCCAGUUCACCAACAUCAGCUCCAUCUCAGAACAGCACCUGAGAGCUACACCCCUUCUACAGGAGCUCUACCUGUACAACAACAACCUGAGCACCCUUCCCUCAGAUCUCUUCAGGGGUGUCCCUCACCUGUUCUCGGUGGCUCUCUCGGGUAACGCAUUGGAUCAGCUUCCCGCCAAUGUCUUCAGCCACGCUCCGCUGCGUGACCUGGUGCUGAAGAACAACCUGAUCAGUGGUGUGGAUGCUGAUUGGCUCCCUGACAACAGUAACCUCACCUGGCUGGACCUGUCAGGGAACCGUUUGACGGCCGUACCCACAGCCCUGUUCCAGAAACUACGCCACCUGAAGAACCUUGACCUCUCCCAUAACCGCCUGGAGAAGCUCCUGGCGGGGGCACUGAAUCCUCUGAGCAGCCUAGAGAGGCUCAACCUGGAGGGGAACCAACUCAGCGCCCUGGACCCUUCCGCCUUCAGGAACACCCCAAACCUGACGCACCUCUUCCUCCAGGAGAACCAACUGGAGAAGCUUCCCCCGACUCUCCUUCAGGGGCUCCAUCGCCUCGAGUUCCUGUUUCUCAACUUCAACCGGCUUGGUCACAUCUCCAACAUCCUGCUGGAGCAGCUCUCCUCCCCAUGGACAAGCAAUUAUCUUUGGGUGGCCUUCAGCCAGAACCCCUGGGUGUGUGAUAAGAAGGUGGAGGACCUGUGGAAGUGGCUGCAGAAGAACCAGAAGAAAGCUUUCCUGGCCGAUGACAUCAGGUGUGCCAGCCCUGAGUCUCUGAAGGAACGAUCAGUUACGUCACUAACUGACAGUGAGCUAGGACUCUGAUUUAUUUUAUAUUUAGAUUAAACAAUAAGACGGUGGGGAGCUGUGGACGUGUCUCAGUAUGACCCCGGGGAGAGUGUUCUUUCUGGAGGAGGUGAAAUGUGCCAGCCCUGGUUGUUAAGGACCAGCGGUUGUGUCUCUGACAGAGAAAGAGCUAGGCCUCAAAACUGACAAAUAAAACAGGCCCACUCUUCAGGUAA